CCAACGUCAAUUGCCAAUUUUUGCUUAUCAGCGGUAUUUUGGUCUUUGUUUGGAAAAUUUAUGCGAAUGCAUACAUUGAAAAACUAGUUGGAGGAAAAGUCGUGUGAUGUUGUGGUUCAAUUUUCUACUGCUAUCAAUAUUAUCACUAGUCGGUUUUGUUUACUCAAUCGACGAAAGGCGGAUAGUCGAUGCUGAAAAAACCUUGGUUUGGGGGCCCGGAUUGAAGCCGGAUGAAGUUGUCUUACCAGCGCGUUACUUCUUCAUACACGCUGUGGACAAAACAGGCCGCAAAUUUGAGCAGUCACCUCCUCAGGACUUUCAAGUAUCUGUAAAAGGCAAUUCGCCACAUGGUAAAUGCCGCUCGAAUGUGAAUUUUAUCGAUCGUGGCGAUGGUUCUUCGAUUGUGCGAUACACCAUAGCUGACUGGUGUGAUCAAGUAGAGCUGGAAGUGCGCUAUAAUGGUUCUCAUGUGGCGCAAUCGCCAUAUGUCAUAUAUAACAAGGUGUACUCGGAACGCUGUUACUGUCCGCAAGAAUUAAAUCUUUGGAUGUUGCACAAUAGUUGUCCUGCACCAUUAAGUGACAAACAAAUCGUUUGGGACUUACACUCAUUUAAACGUGUAAACUUUAGCGCUAUACGAGAGAACUUACUGCGACGAUACAAUCAACCCGAGAGUGUAUCGCUGUGUCAUUAUGUGGUGAAGCAGCAGCAAGUAUGGCGUCAAUGCUAUGGCAAGUACACUGGAUUCAAAAUGUUCAUGGACGCUACAUUAUUGGCAUUGGGACGUGUUGUCAUGUUGCCGGAUAUGGAAUUCUAUUUAAAUUUGGGCGAUUGGCCACUAUCGAAGAAGGGUGGCCAACAACGUACCUCUGGCCCCUAUCCUAUAUUUUCAUGGUGUGGCAGUGACGAUUCAUAUGAUAUAGUGCUGCCGACAUACGAUAUAACUGAGUCCACUUUAGAGAAUAUGGGACGUGUUACGUUAGAUAUGUUGUCGGUGCAAAAAAGUGAAUUUCCUUGGGAUAUUAAAGAGAAUAAGGCAUUUUGGCGUGGCAGAGAUUCGCGGCGUGAGAGACUCGAAUUGAUAGAGUUGGCGCGCAAACACCCAGACUUGAUUAAUGCAUCACUGACAAAUUUCUUUUUCUUCCGUAACGAAGAGGACGUUUAUGGACCUAAAGUGCCGCAUAUAUCAUUUUUAGAAUUCUUUCGGUACAAAUAUCAAUUGAAUGUGGAUGGCGUGGUUGCCGCCUAUCGUUUUCCUUAUUUGUUGGCUAGUGAUUCGUUGGUAUUCAAGCAAGAUUCUGGCUUCUACGAACACUUCUACAGCAGACUGACGCCUUACAAGCAAUAUGUGCCAUUCAAGCGUGAUUUAAGCGAUUUGAUUGAACGCUUACAGUGGGCUAAAGAAAAUGAUGAUCGUGCGCGUGAAAUCGUGGCCGAAUCGCGUAAAUUUGUAGAACAAAAUCUUAUGCCACAAAACAUUUAUUGUUAUCACAUGGCAUUGUUUAAGGAAUGGAGCACCCGUCUUGUCUCGCCCAUUACCGUGUUGCCUGGCAUGGAGAAGGUCGACCAAGUCUACACCUGCUCUUGCAAAGAGCCGCCUUAUCCUAGAGAUGAACUUUAAACACUCACUAAAGUGCACGUCUGCGGUCUUCGCACAUAUUUAUGUCCCUUAUUUUUAUUUUUUUCAGCGUUAAAAUUCUCAUUUUU